AUGGACUUUUGGUCUCGUCUCAUCGGUGGCUCGCGUGCCCUGUCCAAGCCCCCUAGGGCCGCCUCGCCCACGGAACGGCUGACGGCCUUUAAACGCGCCUGCAAUGCUCUCCAGCAAAUAUGGCGUUCUACAAAUACUCCCUCUGGCGAGCAAUCGGUUACCCACGCGCGCACGUACAUUGAACGACUGAACUCGAUCCUGAGUGAGGAAUCGCGUGGGCCCGCACCGCACCCCUGUGUGGCAUACGCAGCGUCCUCUCAGGUCUUUGUCACAGUCACCAAACUUGCCCUCUCAUUCUACGAUGAUGGUAUCCUCCGGUCGGCCACAAUAUUCUUCAAUACCCUGAUUGACGCGGAGGUGGACGGGGUGGUGGACAACCGGCUGUUCGCCCGCGCACUGGUGGAUCUGGUUCGUCGGGCCGAGAAGUCCUCAGAUGAAAUUGAAGGAAGGCUCGUGGAGUUGCUCUUCGGUAUUGCCAACAAUAUCCGUCUGCAGCCUGUGAUUCUUCCCGCGUGGUUUGUGCCUCGGGUGUCCCCAGUCCAGGAUGGCGAGUCCCCAAGCCCCAUCGGGACGGAAUUCGCAGGAGCUACAAGGAAAGAUGAGUUCCCGCUGUUCUAUCUCUUGGUGGACUAUGUUCACCACGAGGGACGAGCUGGUGAUUUUGCUCGUACCGGGUUGCUCUACAUUAUUGAGACCGCAUCGCGGUCUAAAAACCUGGAGAAAUGGUUGAUUGAGAGCGACCUGGCCACCCUCAUGGCUACUGGCCUCGGUGCACUUUACAGUCAGUUGGGACAUUUGACAUAUACUGAGACCGACGAGAACGUGCCUCACAUUGUUGUUUUAUCCGACCACGCGAAACAGGAGACAGCUCUGCAACCAACACUAGGCCAGGCGAUGGAUGCGUUCAUGUCAUACUUGUUGUUCUGGCAGGACACCAUUGACCAUUUCGUUGACUCUCGCAGAUAUCCCUCAUUAUUAGAAUCCUCCGAUGUGGCCGGUGGCUCGACAGCAGCGGUUUUGACCUACAUGUGCCGCAUCCUUGAUUCGAUUGAGCAAGGCGAAUUAGUCCAUCGAAUCCUCCACUUUUUACUGGCAUCGUCACCUAAGCCAGAAGAGCAAAUGGACAUGUCAGCGAGCCGACGGAAAUCGCUCAAUGUGCUGGCUGCGCUGGCCGAAGAAGCCGCCCCGCCAUCCCCAUCAUUGUUCAACUUGCGCGACCUGGCACUACUAGGGCUUCAGUCAUCUAAUCGCCAGACUGUCCUAGCUACUUUGCGGCUCCUGACCACAGUCCUUCAAAGACACCACCCGUUCACGCGGUCCCUCAUCCAUACUCUCCCUACCCUGCCCGCGCAGCAACGCCCUGUUGGAGCAUUGAAUUCCGAGCUGGGGCAUCUUUUUUCCAUGGGGACGUCUCUUGUCAAUGACCCCACACUAAACGAGUCGUACGAGAACUACGUCGCGGAUGCUACAUGGGUGCUUGAGUCUCGUCUGUGUUUACCGGUUUCUGCAACGGAAAAGGACGACGAGACACUUCACAUGCCGCUCCAGCUACAGCAAGACGAUCCGAUCGUGCAGGCACUAUUUGGGUGCCUUGGUACCUUCUUCACCAACAGUGUAAUCGUCAACUUGGCGCUCACAGGCGUAUUUAUGAGCCUUGCCUCAUCACAUCUUUUCUCCCUGGACGGUUGGGUGUUGGUUGAUCCCAACCAGUAUGAUACUCCAGUCUCUCUCGCGACUACCGACGGGCUUGACACCGUCCGACAGGCAUAUGAAGGGCCAACAUGGCCUGCCACAGCUGCCCCAACCCUCACAUCAGCGUUACAAAAACUGGUGGAACAAGUUUGGCAGUGGCAGCAGGAACUGCCUGAUUUCGAUGUCCUGGUCGCCGCCCGACGAGAGCUUUUGCACCGAGAGGAUCGCCCUUGCACGCCACAAGAGUCGCUGGACCCAUCGGAGCUUCCAAUGCCCCAUUCCGCGGACCGCUCGCGUCCCUCAUAUUCCGGCUCUCCAGAUCCUUCCGCCCCAAUGUCCCGCGGUCGGUCUCCGCACGCAGUGAAUCCGAAAAUGAUAACUAGCCCUGAAAGCCAUGAAUCUGUUCCUCCGACAGGCUCACGGCGCUCUUCCAGAGUCCGGGCUGCUGCCGGUGAAGCUCUCCGCCACCGACUUGCUACACCAUUCCCACCUGCUUCUGGUACAGUCCCCGAUUCGCCAUCCGAGGAGGCCCCUGAUUCAGCAGACCACUCAGCAAACCACUCUGGAGAUCCACCGUUCGCCUCUCUUGGCCAUGUAUUGACCAAUGUGGUGAUUUUAUAUGAGUUCAUGCUCGAGUUGUCGGCAGUAGUACAAGUUCGGGGUAGUCUAUUUGAAGAGGCAGGGUAUGCAUAA